AUGGAGUGGGAGCAGCAGGCCGUCAUCCGGCUGUCUCCCGACUUCGAUGUGACCAGCCACGCCGAGUGCCGCCGCGCCGUGCUCGCGUGGCUCGCACAGCAGUCCAUGGAAGCAAAGAUGAAGAUUGGCCGCUCAGCUGGUGAGCACGUGGCAGUGUAUGCGUAUUGCCAAACGCAUAAAGACUGUCCUCGCAAGUGGCGUCAUAUCUUCCAACUCACAGAAGACGGCGCCAAGGAGCACAUCGUCCACGUCAACGGCAACCACGCCACGGAGCCCAGGCUGGUUCGAGGCACUGCAGUGGCAGUGCGUCGGCAGGCAGACGCAUUGACCGAAGCCAACACGCCAAUGCAGGCCAUGGUGCAGCUGGCGGCGCAAGGUGCAGAGAUGGAGACUUGGCCCUGCACAGCAGCCUUGGUGCAAUCUCGCCGGCGAGCCGUGCGGAAAAAGAGCGCGUCGGCAGAGUUCGGUGGAGGCACUGGCUUGGGUCAGUGGCUGGAGCACUUGCGCAAGAUCAACGAGGAUGGGAGCGUCUGGAGCACCGUGGUGCGCGAGGACGGAUGCGGCAUCGUCACCUGCCAGAAGUUCGCCGACGCUGCUGCAGCGAUGAUUGCUCAAGCUCGCGGCGGAGACCAUGACUACCUUGUCGGCGUGCAUGACUGCACGUACAAGGUCUUUUCCAGCGAUUGGGGCCUGUGGAAGUUCUGCUUGUGCGCGAAAAAGUACGACCGCGAAGGUAUUCCUCGAACCACUUUGGUGCAAGUAGGCUUGGGCUUUGUGCCCAAAGAAGGGCAAGAGCACAUGCUCACGGUGCUGCACCUCAUGAAGGUGUCAUCCAUCAUGAGGCGCGCCGGCUCCAAGAAAGAGGUGCGGGCAAUGGUGGCGGCAAACAUGCAGUUUGCGCUGAGUGCUCUGGGAUUCUCCAGGCCUUUGUUCAGCCUUUACAUUGACAGCCUCUUAGUGAGGUUAGUCGAGCUCGGAGAGCUGGACCUGGCGGCCUAUCUGCAGAAAGACGUGGUGGAAAAGGUGACUGUCGAAGGGAAAGAGAUGUGGACUUCGGCCUGCUGCUGCUUCAUCUCGCUGCUGGGGACUUCCGUGAAGUUCCAGUCCCACGAAGCGAAUCCUGGGAUGACUUCCACCACCAUUUCCCAAUCGCUCGAAGCUUCCUGGCAUCACAUGAAGAAGCUCUUGCCUGGCAACGUGGCAAAAAUGCCUGCUACAGAUGCUUUGAACCACAUCCUCAAAGCUACGGAGGCAAAGUUGGGCGCGGAUGACGCCGCCGCGAAGCAGCUCAAGCUCAAGCUGGGCGGUAUCUCUAGCCGCCUGGUCAGCGGCGAAGCCAUCUUCACGGUCGGCGACGUCCGUCAAGCAUUUGUGCUCCCAGUCACAAAUGCCUCCAUGGUGGUGGACGAUGAUGUGGCUUGCUGCAUGGUGUCCCUGCUACGGCUCUGCGACUCUUCCGUGGCAGUGCAGAAGCACUUGGAGAAGUCGCCCGGCAUGUGGCACGAAGAGGCGGGGCGCUUGUCCCUCACCAAAGUCAAGGAAAUCUUGGCCAACGUGUGUGUAGUCACGCUAGUUGCUGGGCCUGAAGAAGUCCUCGACCGUCUCCGAUGCAGCUGUCUCUACUUUGCGAAGACUUCGAGAUGCAGCCACAUGGCUUUCGCAGCUUUCCUUCUGGGCCACCACAACGACUACUUCCAGGACCUGAUUGACUUUACCAGGAAAGAUGCUCCUAAACAGCCCCCUUCAGCCUGUGUCAAGCUGACCAGGAAAAAAUACAGCCGAGCUGCCAUUCCAUCAGCCGCUGCCUGGAAGCGCAUGGCCACGAUCUGCGCAGAAGCUUCUGAGAAGUACAACAAGCGACGAAAGACCGACAAGGGUGAAGCGCAAGCAGCUAUGGAAACGACACCGACCAAGCAGGAGCUAGCGGCGGGAAAGAACAAGGAUCCCCGCGCGCUAAGCUUGGAGACAAUCAGGGACAAGCUCGGAGCAAAGGAUUUCCACAGCAACUUUUCAGGAAUGCAUCUUUGCAUCAAGCAUGCUGUGACAGUCCAAGAAGCCAAGGAGCACGGGCUCGGAAAGAUGAUCCUUGGCCUCAAGCACAAGACCACUAGCGCUCCCACCAAGGCGCUCGCAAACCAGCUCUUGCAAGCAUGGGUGGUGGAGACGCGUGCGUCCGCUUCUUCGGCCAAAUCUAGCAGCUGA